CGUGCGAGCGUCUAACAUGGCGGCUCCGUGGUGGAGACAGUGCCGGAGGUGGAGCGCAAAGUGUACGAGCACGAGUUUAUUAGAAACCUUGUGGCAUUUUAACGGCAGAUCUGUGUCUUUCUCUGCGUCCUCUCGGGGGCGGGCGCCGUGGAGCUCCAGGCCGGGGGACGAGGGACAGCCAUCAUCACCUACACAGAUAAACCUGAACAUUUUAAACUUUACCUCAUCUCUAAACAGACACAAGUCACGGUUGUUGUAUCCCACACUACAGUCCUCCUGCUGCAGAGCAAUACACAGUGAUGCAAAAUUAAAGGACCCCUUCACGUUAGCCCAGAAAGACCUAACAAGUUUAUAUGAUGACAUCAAAAAGGAGCUGUUUGUAUCUAAAGAAGAGCUGAAGUCUCUAUGUGACUAUUACUUUGAUGGCAAGGGCAAGGCAAUCCGACCAAUGAUAGUUGUUCUGAUGGCCCGGGCCCUCAACAUCCACAGCAACAGAGCAGGAGAUUUGCUUCCGGGGCAGAGGGCCAUAGCUAUGAUCUCAGAAAUGAUUCACACUGCCAGCCUAGUGCAUGAUGACGUUAUAGAUGGAUCAGAUAAGCGAAGAGGAAAGAGAACUAUCAAUGAAGUGUGGGGUGAAAGAAAGGCCAUCUUGGCAGGAGAUUUCAUCCUCUCAGCCGCCUCCAUGGCUUUGGCUCGUAUUGGUAACAUCACUGUGGUCAAAGUUUUGUCCCAGGUGAUAGAGGACCUAGUACGAGGUGAAUUCAUGCAGCUGGGCUCCAAAGAGAAUGAGAACGAGAGAUUCAAACACUACCUUGAGAAAACCUUCAAGAAGACAGCGAGUCUUAUUGCAAACAGUUGUAAAGCAGUAUCCAUUCUGGUAAAUUCUGAUCCCGAAGUUCAUGAAAUAGCCUUUCAGUAUGGGAAGAAUGUUGGCAUCGCGUUUCAGCUAGUGGAUGAUGUCUUGGACUUCACAUCUGGAGCCAGUCAGCUGGGGAAGCCGACGGCCGCAGAUCUCAAACUGGGCUUGGCCACUGGACCAGUCCUGUUUGCUUGUCAGCAGUUCCCCGAGCUUCAUGCAAUGAUCAUGAGACGUUUCAGCUCUAGCGGAGAUGUAGAUCGAGCCUGGAAAUACGUUCUUCAGAGCGAUGGUGUGCAACAGACCAACUACCUGGCCCAGCGUUACUGUCAAGAAGCCAUCAGGCAGAUCAGUAUGCUCAGGCCGUCCCCAGAGAGAGACGCCCUCAUCAGGCUCACUGAGAUGGUGCUUAGGAGAGACAAAUGAACCUCCUCUGCCCGGGGCUUCACUUCAGGCAGCUACCUGUGGAAAGGCAACUCCGCCUGACCCCCAUGUGUCUGCACAGGGCAGGUUCAAGACAAAAGACGGUGAAAGAAGUGAUGGACGUUGGGCUCAGAGGGACCCCUGCCCCGAUGCAGCAUGCAGGGAUCUCUCUGAACAAAUACCUGUUACUUAAUGGCUUUCUCCUAAAAUAUACAUGAGGGUGAAUCUCUUAAUAUAAUGGUUUGACAUGUAAAUACACUUGGUUUUUACUGCACAUCCCUGUGCUACCAGUUUCCAACAUGGAAACACAGUAAGGAUUUGGAAAUGAUUUAUAAUCUUAAAUUACCAGAUGCCAAUGCAAAUGUGUAACCCAGACCUUCAUUGUGUACAGUACUGUAACUGCAGCUGCCUCCCACGCCUCAAACUAGCAGACUGUGACUGAAUACAGUUUCUUACAUGCUAGUCCUGAGCUGUGGAGCUGUUGCACAAUCUGUGUAAUUCCAAAUAAUACGAAAGUGCAUAAUUUGUCAUUGGUGUGUUUGUCUGGAUCUGUGUUAAUGUCUUUCGAGAUCCGUCCACACCUCAAAGGCCAAACAGUCAUGUGUCCUUUUGACUUGUGAAAUGUUAUGAGGUUACUUCUGUAAUGCAAAGUGCCCUGUAACAACCAAGGCCUUAACAUCUGCAAUGACUGUGUGCUCAAUAAAUCAACUGCUUUGUUUUUUUUAUUUAA